CACCUAGUUUGCGCAACAGCUGUUGCCGUAAAAGCGAAAUAUUUGUUGAUUGUUGCAAUUGCAAUAUUCGCGCGCUAUGAUUAAUAUACCCAAAUAUUUCGCAUUGCUGGAUGAAUUAAACUUUGAACAUGCAGCGCCAGGCAAAGGGCAAGACACAGCAGCCCUCACCAAGCUUCAGGAAAAUUUAAUUAUUUUGGCGAAAUACGUUCAACUGAAUGUGUCGCAGCAGCUGCAGGAACUGUCUGAGGAUCUUAAUGUACAGGCAGAGCCUGUUCCGAUCGAUUUGGAGAACUGCAUUAAUUGCUACAUCAUACGCCUGCUGCACGUGCUGCACACGUUGAGCCGCAACAUCAAUUUCCACAGCGAUGCCAAGGAGGAUCUCAUCUCGGUGGCGCAUCUCAGGCUGUGCAUGCGGGCAACCCAGGAGCUCGGCUACUACGCGCUGCGUGCCCAGCUGCACGAGGACUUUUACAAAUCGCCCGUUUUCAAGGAUGUCCCGAACAAUGGCCAACUCAGCUGCGAUCCCUCGCUGAUUUGGCUGAGUGUGCAGUUGUUUACCCGCCUGUUGAGCAUACGCCAGCUGCACAUAGCCAAUGCCAUGGAGCUGGUGCAGCGGGAUCUGCUGGCAGUCGUUAUAAGUCUCCGUGUGCGGCAGCCAACGUCGGCGCAGCGUGCCCAGCUGGACACAGCGCUCGCCUAUCUGUGGCACAAUGAAUCAAAGGCGGAUUACUUUCGUCAUGUGCUGCUGCUCAAGGCGACUCCUCAGCUGUGCCCUGGUCUGGCCAAGGAGCUGCACCAGCAGCUCCUCAGCAAAUUGGGCGCCGCGCAUGGCUUUGCCAGCCUGUUGGCCGCUUUACAAACGCCGAACGCCACACGCAAUGCGGAAAUCGUGGCCAACAUUGUGGCGCAGCGCGGCUACUCGCCGCGUCUGCAGCAGCGGCUCAUUGGGCAGAUCCUGGACUUUUGCCGCCUGCAGGUGGCGCAGGAGCACAACGUGUUGGCGGGCGUGCUCAGCCUGCGGCAUCUCUGCGAGCUGAAUGCGGCGAAUCGCGAAUGCUUGGAGCGUGUGCUCGGCCAGCAUUGGCAGCCGCUGACUGCGCCGGCUGAUCUACUGAACGGCCUUAUAGUCUGGGAUCUGGCGCAGCUGUGCGAUUGCCUGCGCCUCUGGCAGCAGCUCUUCUGCCUCUCCAGCGUGGCCUGCCUGCCCAGUGUGCUGCUGGUGCCCUACAUGCCGCUGCUCCUGCAGCUGUAUAAGCAGCUGCCGCAAGCGCUGCCGGAGCGGAAGGCCUUGGCUGCGCUGAUCUCGCGCUGUCUGGACAACAGGGAGUUGAAGCAGGAGCUGCCUGCGCUGCUGCAGCGUCUCUUCAGCUGGGAUAUAUCCAACCCGUCGCCUUGGCAAGCGCUGCAUCCUCGCCUGGUCGUCAAGCAUGCUGCGGACACGGAUUUGUUUACCGUGCAGGUGGCGCAGGAGCAGGACGAGCACAACUAUUGCCGCGCGUUGCCCGCCUUGCUUAUGGCCGGCAGCGAUCAGGCGCUCACCACGAAAGUGUUUCUGGCCCUGCUCGGGCUCAUGGUGCAGCAGCUGACGGCGCCAGAGCCAACCAGCAUCGAGCUGUUGUCCACGGAAACGGAGCUGGCGCAAUUCCUGCAGCUCAAGUAUCAGCUCAAGCUGGAGCUGCUUGUGGCCCUGGAGCAGCUGGUCUGGCACGAGCCGCUGAAGGCGCAGCUGGCGGCCACGCAGAACAAACCAUUUAUGGAGCUCGUCCUGCUGCUGUUGGACAUCAAAGUGCAGCCGGCACAGCUGACGGAACAGAUACAGCUGCUCAUACUUCUGCUGCUGCAGGAGCUGCUCGAGCGCAGCGAGCAGCUGCAGCUGGCGGAUGGCACGCGCCACCUGCAGCAGACACUGGAGCAGUUGGCCAAGCACACAGCGAAUCCUUUGCUCAAGAAUGCGCUGCAGCCGCUGCUGGAGCUGCUUGGCGGCGAGCGGCAGCCCAGCCGUGCUCCGAUUCUUACGUCCUUUCAGCGGGCGCGCGAGCUCAUCGAGGAUCAGCAGCCACAUCUCCAAGUCUAUGGCAUCCAGCUGAUGCUGGAGGCUUUGCGGCGCAGGGAUCCCGCCUUCAUAUCGCAGUCACAUCGCAUCAUUGCGCUCGCUCUGAGCACGCUCAAGCACAGGGAAUCCUACACAUUCCUCAAUUGUGUGCGCCUGUUUGUGGCCCUGGUGCACAUCAUGGAGGCCCAGGUGCUGGAGAUGCUCAGCGAUGAAUAUCUGUCGGAAACAGCCGAUCUGGACUAUCGCCUGGUCGUGGGUGAGGCCAUCCUAAAGGCAGCCGAGGAAGUGGGACCCCUGUGCUAUCGCUACAAGGCCGUGUUGUUCAAUUGUUUUUUGCAUGGCGCACGCUCGGACCUGGACGAGUUUCGCAGUUCCGCCUAUGCGAAUCUGGCGCAGCUCUGCCGCCUGCUCGCCCGCCAAGUGCAUAGCUUCUUCCAGGAGCUGCUGCACUUAAUCGACGCCGAGCUCAGCAGCGGUCGCUAUUUGCCGGCCAAGCGUGGCGCCUUGCUGGUGCUCGCCGAGCUAUUGGCCGGCAUGGAGAGCCUGCUGGACUACCAGGACAUGCUCCUGCCCAUCUAUAGGCUGCUGCGCGCUAUCGAAGCCAACGAAAGCUGCGAUCCUCAAAUGCGACAGCAUGCAGCCAACGGACUGAAAAUUUUAAAUGAGAAAUGUCGCGACCUACUGAAAACCGAAUCGCCUGCAAACCAGCUGCAAAGGGAGAUCCAGGUGCUAGCCAUCAAGGACCCGUCGGCGAGCGGCAAGCGGCACAUUCUGGAGCUGAACUGAAGCUUCACUAGAAAUAUAAGCU